CUUGCCGUUAUUGGAUAUAUUAAUUAGUCGAAAGCUGGAUGGAUCCAUAAAACGAUAUUUCUACAGAAAACCUACUUGGACAGGGAAAUAUCUGAAUUACCAUAGCUUUUGCCCAGUUCAGUACAAGCGAACGUUAGUAAGGUGCUUAUUCAGAAGAAUUCAGUGAAUGUGCACAGAGGAUACUUUAGAAGAUGAAAGAGGAACACUGACUGAUAUCUUGUUGGAAAAUAACUAUCCAUCAACAUUUAUCAGGCAGAACAAAAUUACUAGAGCGCCAAAACUAGAACUUCAGUCAGUCCCAAAGAAGGAUGUCUUCACCAGCCUUCCGUACAAAGGUGACUCUCAGAGUGCAAUCCUUAAGCAGAGACUUAACGCUGCUGUUAGAAGGACUUACUAUGCACUCAGGGUUCGAGUAAUCGAAACCAUGAAGUCCGUAUAUUCCCCCAAACCCCCACAGCAUGUGAAUGACAAUGUCACAUCCUAUUGUAUCUACCAAUUCAAAUGUACGUGUGGUGACACAUACAUAGAAACGACUCAUAAAUCCAUGCAAGUAAGGGCUUCGGAACAUAUUCCAAAGUGGCUUCAGAAGCAAAUUAAAUCACCUGAACCUAUAAAUGUUGGUAGCAGACGUCCAAGUUCUUCGAUCGCCAAACAUCUUUGAAACAGGCCACAGGACUGAUAUGGC